UCCAGGUGCACGUUCAGAUUCCCGAGCACAAACAUCAAGAUAACGUUCACUGCCCUGUCCAGCGAGAAGAGGGAGAAGCAGGAGGCGCCGGAGUCCCCGGUGAAGCCAGUGCAGGCCCACAUCUCCCCCCUGACCAUCAACAUUCCAGACACCAUGGCCCACCUCAUCAGCCCCCUGCCCUCCCCCACGGGAACUAUCAGUGCUGCAAACUCCUGCCCAUCCAGCCCCCGAGGAGCAGGAUCUUCAGGGUACAAAAUGGGCCGUGUGAUACCAUCUGACCUCAAUUUAAUGGCUGACAACUCACAGCCAGAAAAUGAAAAGGAAGCUUCAGGUGGAGACAGCCCAAAGGACGACUCAAAGCCACCUUACUCCUAUGCACAGUUAAUUGUACAAGCGAUUACGAUGGCUCCUGACAAACAGCUCACCCUCAAUGGAAUUUACACGCACAUCACUAAAAAUUACCCGUACUACAGGACUGCGGACAAGGGCUGGCAGAAUUCAAUUCGCCACAAUCUCUCUCUGAAUCGUUAUUUCAUCAAAGUACCACGUUCCCAGGAAGAACCAGGCAAAGGCUCAUUCUGGAGGAUAGAUCCUGCCUCUGAAAGCAAAUUAAUAGAGCAGGCUUUUAGGAAAAGACGGCCUAGGGGCGUGCCUUGCUUUAGAACCCCUCUGGGACCGCUAUCGUCUAGAAGUGCCCCAGCCUCUCCUAAUCACGCUGGAGUGCUGUCUGCUCACUCCAGUGGUGCCCAGACCCCCGAGAGCCUGUCGAGGGAAGGUUCGCCGGCCCCCCUGGAGCCCGAGCCUGGCGCCUCACAGCCCAAACUGGCUGUCAUCCAGGAGGCACGGUUUGCCCAGAGUGCACCAGGCUCCCCUCUGUCUAGUCAGCCUGUUUUAAUCGCUGUGCAGCGGCAGCUGCCCCCGACGAUCAAGCCCGUCACCUACACUGUCACUGCCCCCGUGACCACCUCCACCUCCCAGCAGCCUGUUGUGCAGACGGUUCACGUUGUCCACCAGAUCCCAGCAGUGUCCGUCACCAGCGUGGCCGGACUGGCCCCAGCGAACACAUACACCGUCUCCGGGCAGGCUGUGGUCACACAGGCAGCUGUGCUGGCCCCUCCUAAAGCAGAGCCGCAGGAGAAUGGAGAUCACCGAGAAGUGAAAGUGAAAGUGGAACCUAUUCCUGCGAUGAGCCAGGCAACCCUGGGCACCGCCAGUCGUGUCAUUCAGACGGCACAGACCACCCCUGUCCAGACAGUCACCAUCGUGCAGCAGGCACCACUAGGUCAGCACCAGCUACCAAUAAAAACUGUAACACAAAACGGGACUCACGUGGUGCCAAUCCCCGCCGCCGUGCAUGGCCAGGUGAACAACGCAGCGGCGAGUCCUCUGCACAUGCUGGCGACACACGCAUCAGCGUCGGCCUCCCUGCCCACAAAGCGCCAGAAUGGCGACCAGUCAGAGCAACCGGAGCUGAAGCGGGUCAAGACCGAAGACGGUGAGAGCAUCGUCAUCGCCCUGAGUGUGGACACACCGCCGGCAGCCGCGAGGGAGAAGGGCGUCCAGAACUAGCGGCCUGGAGAGCUUUUCUACUUUACUGUCAACUCUGUGGUGCCAAAAGGAGACACUGCCCGUCACUGAUGCUCGGAGCACAUUCUCUCGGUGGGCAGAGGGCCCUGCGGUUGGACUUCAUGUCAGCACUGAAAACACAAAACCCAGGUGGCCUUAAAACUCCUUAAAGACAGAAGUCACACCUGAACUUGAAACCACACAAGGAAACCUGGUUCUGGCAGUGUCUCCCCGCCCAGUGCCCACCUUUAACCCUGAGCAGACUCGCGGUCCUUCCCAGGGAGGACCGUGCCCAGUACAAGCAGAUCGGCCGGGACGGGCUUCCUUGAGGGGACCAAGCAGAAGCCCCCCUCGGAGGACCCACGGGGCUGGCAGAGGAGACAGUAUUUUGUUGUUCACAUGUGGAAUUAGAAUAUUUUGAGGUGUACUUUCUUUCUUUACAAAAUAAUGGGGUCUUUGACAUUUCAGAUCACUCCAUUUCUACUCUGGAAAUUUUGGAAUCACACAGGACCUUCAGUGUGGGUUUCAUUUGGAGGAAAAAAACCACGUAGUUCUGUUUGUUUUCGUUGUUUGUUUUCAGCCUAUGGAAUGAUUUCCUUUGUCCAGUUAAAGGUCAGGAGGAGCUACUUGAUGACAGCUGCCCAUUUUCCCGUUGGAGCAGCUGCCUGAUGAGUUUACUCCCUCUCAGUGUGUGGGACGGACAGAUGGACGUGGAAGGGCUGCAUGGAUGAACUGCGGGCUGCACUUAACUGUUUUUCUUGCUACUUUUUGUUGUUUCUUUGUGUUGACUUUGUCCCUGGCAUAAUUUUCCACUCUAAGUAAAACAAGUCUCCUAAGUAUUGUGUGUUUAAAAUGACAGAACUAUUCCUACUUUAUUUGGGGGAAAAAAUUCAAUCUUUUGUCACCCUUUCAAACAAAUGUCACAGAUUUCUGGGUGGCACGUUUGCUAUUUUAGGUGCUGUCACCGGCUCAGCAUCGUCUUGACCAGCUGUCUUCCCAACUCUGCCCCACUCACCCAAGAGCAGCUGCUGGGGUGGAGCAGAAACUUCGUGUUAAUACAGGGUGUUAGAAGCAAAUGCCCUGCGAUCAAGCACUGGGAACAUCUAGGUCGUUUUCCGAUUUGUGAUAGGAAAUUCCACUCAGCCUUCGAAACGGAAUCCACUACUAAGGCUGAUUUCUCUCCUACAAAAAAUAAAAGCGAGAGGAAAGGAAACAGGUGAGAAUGAAAAGCAGGAGGCACUCCCAUGGCCUCGGCUUACACGCCUCCAGGAGAAAGCCACUCAUCUUUCCAGAGUGUACCGCGGUUAGGGCUGAGCACCGUGCAACUAGUAAGAAGGCUCUGGCCUUAUUGUGAAUUUUUAAAUGUCAUCAUCAUAACGUUAUUUAUUUAAAUGUAGUUGUUUUGGUAUUUAAUUUUUUAUUUUUUAUUUUUAGAGAGAGAGGAAAAAACCCUGUAUUUUCCUGGUGGAAUGAAACAGCUCAGAAUGGUAUAUUUAGGCAAUUUUAAAACAUUUAUUAUUUACCUAAAGACCAAAUAUGAUAAAUCUGUUCUAAGUAUUGUGUGUCAAUCCAAAGUAUGGAGCUGUCACAAUGUUACUACAGAUCAUGCAUAUUAAAAAUUAUGAAAUUACUGCAAAUAGCUGGAUUUAUAACUCAGCCAUUUAAAAAAUAAAACAGAACCAUUAAGUGACUGAGA